UCUCACAUACUCAUUUUGCUACUCAUUAGGGAGGAGGUUUGGGAUUUCGGACGCAGCCACGGUAUCGUGAACGCAACAAAAGGGUCGUUUGUGGAUGACGUCGACGGUCGACGACGCACAUGUUUUGUUUCUGUUCCGGUGGACAGACAGACGGACAGACGAGUCCUGUUUAACCAGUGAACUAGGAGGAUGUGGACGCAGGAGACGUAGAUCCUUCAGUAGACCCUGGUCAGACCCCGGUCCCGGUCCCGGUGCAGACCCCGGAUCCCGGCAGUAGACCCUGGUCAGACCCCGGUCCCGGUCCCGGUGCAGCAUGGAGCAGUACAGGAAGCAGGUGAAGGCGGACUGCGAGGAGCUGCUGAUCCGCUUCCAGCAGACCCGCUCCGUGCGGUUCGAGGUCUUCUCAGAGAUCUGGAGACAGAUGAAGUUUGCUCAGAUCUUUUACGGAGCUACGAACCACAGGAAGCGUCCGUUCAGCCGGCUGGUCCUGGAGACGGCGUACUGCUACGUGCUGCCUCCGUUCAGCUUCCAGAUCCGUGUGGGGGGGCUGUACCUGCUGUACAGCCUGUACCAGAGCCAGAACCUGACGCCCCCGGAGCAGAUCCGGCUGGCCCUGAAGGACUGGGACGACGUCCAGCGCUUUGAGAAGGACGCCCGGGACGCCCAGCACCUGGACACCGUCUACAUCCUGCACAGGCUGGUGUCCUGCAAGGCCUUCCACUUCAGCGCCAUGCCCUCCCUGCUCCUCUACAGGAAGAAGAGGAACCCGGACCGGUCUCUGCUGUGUGAGGAGCUGCUGGAGAGAGCCUGCCGGCCCCAGGAGCUGAUCAACACCGAGGUUCUGGAGGAGAUGUCCAACGUGCACGAGCUGUACGCUAAGAUGAAGGCGUCGGUGGCGUCUGCGUCGGCCUCGCCGGCGUCGGGGGACCUGAUCCGGACGGACCUGAUCCGGACGGACCUGGCGGCGCGGCUGCGCGGCUCCGUGCUGGACUUCUACACCUGGCAGCAGGACAAGGACAAAGUGGACGCAGACGAAGACGGCGAUGAGGGAACGUCCUCUCAGCAGCAGUGCUCCCGGAGAGCAGAGCUGCUCGCCUCCAUCAAAUCCAGAGCCUUCGGAGAAGCGUCUGAGGCGUGUAAGUCCCGACGGCACCGGCAGGUGGAGCUGGACUGGGCCGUGGGCGAGAGCAGCCGGCCGGCCCGGCCCAGAACCAUCAAACCCUCUCUCAAGAACAGAACCAGCCAGAACCUGCACCUCUCAGGUGACGCGUGGAAGGACGUCGGCACGACGACUCUGAUCAGCUGCCUGUCCACGCUGGACGCUCCCCCCCAAGAAAAGAAGGAAAAGUGGAAGAAAAUGAAGUGGUGUUGAAGCCCCUGCAGAAGACUGAGGGGGAUGUUUGCUGCAGGUUUUUAAGCUGAAGACGAUGGACAUACGGACAGGUGGACAGAUGGACAGACGGGCACCGGUCAUCCGUCUCCUGAUGAACGGGAACCCGCGUCCUUGAUUUUUAGACUUUUAUUCACACAGAAACUUCCUUGUUCAGCAGUUUUACUUGAUAGCAUCCGUCCGUGUUCUGAUUCUGUCACUAAUUCUGCCUCCAGGACAAACUACUGCUAGAAUAUGUUGAUCCGUGUUUAAUGUUUUACAAAAUAUUGUUCCUAUAAACGCAUCUGUUUUUUAACUUGUCCCUGUGCUGCAGAUUUGUACCAUGAGAAGAUGUAAAGGGGUUUGUUUUCUUUCUAUAAA